AUGUCGCGCCUGUCUCCUUACUGCGAAAGAAAGUCAACCGGACCUCAGAUGGCGGUUGGAAGCGGCGGCGGCGACGGUGGAACCAACCAAGCCCGCACGAGAUCCGGCUCAGGUUCCAAGGGCAGCUGCAGCCACGGCGGCGACCGAGGCACCUCGGCGACGACGGCGGAGGAUUGCUGGAGGCCGGAGGGGUGCCUCGGGUGUGGCCCCGGGUGGCGGCGGCGCGAGGAGAAAGCCGCAAGGUCUUCUUGGCCCGAGCAGACCUCGGAUGGCUGCAGCGAGCACGGCGGCGAUGGCAGUCAACAGGAACGACGACGACGGCGCGUGGGGGUCGCUGGGGCUCCGGGGGAGGCGGCGCAGCCGACUCAAGGCGGUGGCGACGCACGGGGACCGCUGCACACAGGCUUCGGCUUGGCUCGGGCUGGAGGGCUGCGGGCAGCAGGAGCGGCGGCGGCGGCGCUCUGGGCUGCUCGGGGCAACGGCGGCCGGAGGCCUAACGUUGGGGAGGUGCCACAGGAAUGGCCCAAGGCGGCAGCAGUGCGAGGAGAGGGAGUUGGGGCUGCCUCGGCCUGGGUUAGGCCCNGGCGGCCGGGGCACCUCGGGGACGACGGCGGAGGAUUGCUGGAGGCCGAAGGGGUGCCUCGGGUGCGGCCCCGGCCGGUGGCGGCGCGAGGAGAAAGCCUCAAGGUCUGCUCGGCCCAAGCAGACCUCGGAUGGCUGCAGCGAGCACGGCGGCUACGGCAGUCAACAGGAACGACGGCGAUGACGCGCGGGGGUCGCUGGGGCUCCGGGGGAGGCGGCGCAGCCGACUCAAAGAGGUGGCGACGCGCGGGGACCGCUGCACACAGGCUUCGGCUUGGCUCGGGCUAG